CAAAGUGGGCUAAUCUUGUGACCUCUUCAACAUGGCCGUGUUUGUAGGAAAACCAAUGUUUUCACCCAAAAUAUGCCAGUAAAUGUGGGUUUCUCUCCAUACUAUGGGAAGAGGUUCGAAAAACUGGUGAUUUAGACCAUCAUGAUCACCUUCCAGGGUUUUCUGACGGGGUUUUCUGAACUGUUUUCCUUGAAAUCGACGAUUUCGAGCGUUCUGUUGGGAGGGUUUUGUGUAGCAGCCGACAGAGGUCUGAGGUGGAAACCGAUCUCCCAUCACAUCCUGUUGCGGGCUUUAACGGACAGCUCCGCUCAUGGAUUGGUCGGGCUGUGGUCGUGGGGAAUCGUGUGCGGCGCCCGGACUAGACACAACGUUUUACAGACGCUACUCUGUGGACUGCUGGCCAGUCUGGUGGACGCGGAUCACUUCAUCGCCGCCAGAUCUCUUCAAUUAAAGGAUGCACUUACAUUACCGGCAAGACCGCCAUUUCACGCAACCAGCCUUCUCCUGUCGACAGCCUUCACCAUCUGGGUCCUCCUGAAGAUAAUGGACUGGAAAGCUCUUCAUCUACUACCUUGGAUAUGCACUGUUGCCUGGCUGUCACACCAUAUAAGGGAUGGUACAAGGCGUGGCCUGUGGUUUCCGCCAAUCGGAAGCACCCCUCCCAUUCCAUAUUGGAUGUACAUUGGACUGAUUGUACUUUUACCAAAUGUUGUUAUAGUGUGUCUUCACUACAGAACAGUUUUUGAUCAAUCUAGAGUUACAGAUGUGCCGUUGAUAUCAAAUGUAUGACCACAUCAAAUACUGGCAACGAAUAAGAAAAUAUCUUUAUUGAAUGUCUUGUUAACAAAAUGUGACAUCAAGAUUAAACGUUACUGCAAUGUUUUUGUU